CGUUUUACAAAAGGUCGUAAGUCAUAUAUUUGGUCGUAAGACCACACCUAGGGUUUAAGGCCGUUUUACAAAGAUUUGGGACUUAUGGCUUACGACGAAAUUCGGCCGUAAGUCUACGACCACCCGAAGGCUACCCUAAGUCCUAAGUUUUGUCCAAUUCACUAAAUAUAUCGUUGUUGCUAUGGAUAAUAAAAUUAUAAAAAAUGGCGUCUUUGCUUAUUUUUGAUGUUCUCAACGAAAGAGAAAAGGAAAGGGGUAGAAGAGUGUUCAGAGAUAGAAACAAUCCAUUAGAUUAUUUAAACGACAGAGAGGUUAUAGAAAGGUACAGGCUUCCGAGAAGGUACUUAAACGAAGUCGUUGAUCUAGUUAAAGAAGACAUAGAAAGACCAACCAACAGAAGCAAGGCCAUCCCUGCAGUUAUCCAAGUUCUUGUCACAAUAAGAUGCCUCACAAAAGGAAUAUUCUAUUCGGAGUGUGGGGAUUUACAUGGAAUUUCGAAAUCUAGUGUUUGCAUUGCCAUGGACAGAGUUCUGACCUCCCUCUGCCACCGCUUGCAAAAUAUCUCUUUUCCUACAUCUGAGGAAGAAAUCCGAAGAACAAAAACAGAGUUCUUUUCAAAGGCCCGAUUUCCCAAUGUGCUGGGCGCAGUGGAUGGGACUUUGAUAAAAAUUCAGGCUCCCUCCGAAAACGAGCCAAGCUACGUUUGUAGGAAGGGUUUUCAUGCUCUGAAUGUCCAGGCCGUUUCUGACGCUUCCCUAAGAUUCAUAGAUUUGGUUUGCAAGUGGCCUGGUGCUGUUCACGAUAGCUUUGUGUUUGAAAAUUCAAACCUGAACCACAUCUUGGCCCAAGGGUGCAAUGGAUGGCUUCUAGGAGAUUCAGGCUAUCCUUUGAAGUCAUACUUGAUGACACCAAUUAACAUCCCGGCUAAUCAAAAGGAAGUGAACUACAACAGCGCCCACUGCAGAACCCGUGUUGUGGUGGAGAGAGCAUUUGGUGUGCUCAAGUCAAGAUUUAGAUGCUUACAUCCAACUGGGGGUGUAUUACCCUUUGCCACCCAAAAGUGCAUGAAGACUGUAGUAGCAUGCUUCAAGCUUCACAACAAAUGUAUCAAAGACAGGCUGCCAAUGCCAGAGGUGGACUUUGAUAUCCAGCACCAGGGUGAGGAGGAAAUCAACAAUCUCCAAGCAAACGGUGCAGGUGUAGCUCAACAGAUCAGAAAGAGGCUGGUUCAACGCUUUUGAAAUAGUGUACACCAUUCUACAUGGCCAUUUUAGUACAUGUACCUAUUACAGGGACUUGUUUCAAUUAGAAGAAUGAUGGACAGAGACCCACAUGUUCUAUCACCCAUCAAUUAAAGGAAUAUAAUAAUACCUUUACAUACUGUUUUUUUUUCUUCAUAAUUUCAAAACACAUUUGUUACAAACCAAAUAUCACACUGCUGUUUUAAUCACAGGCUGAGCAGUUGUUUGAUUUAAAUGUUUACAGUUAUUAAUUCACAUAAUGAUAUCUAAUUUAAAUAUAGCCAGUAAAUUCUAUAUGAGGUGUAUAUACUCUAAGUGAUGCAUAUUUUCAAGCUUAAUUAAGAAAGAAACAGCAAUUUUAAAAGUUUACCAGGAUAUGAAGUUGGUUGGUCACAUGAUCAAAUCCUGUGGAGCCCGAAGUGUUGCUCAGUAGAUUUGAUCACGUACCAACAAACUUCAUAUCCUGGUGAACUUUUUAAUAUUGCUGUUUAUUACUUAUAUUUAUGUUUGAUAAAGAAAAAAUAUUUUAAGACGCACUGAAAGCAUUUUUAAGGAAAUCGUACAAAGACACACACACAAUGCUAUAAAUAAAUAAAUGU